UAACUGCUUUUUAAAGGUCCUGGCUUAGCAUUUUUAGUUUACCCCUCGGCAGUAUUACAAUUACCGGGUUCACCUCUGUGGUCAUGUUUGUUUUUCUUCAUGCUCCUACUUAUUGGUUUGGACUCACAAUUUUGUACAAUGGAAGGAUUUAUAACUGCUAUUAUAGAUGAGUGGCCACAACUUCUACGCAAACGAAAAGAAAUUUUUAUUGCUGUAGUAUGCGCACUGAGUUAUUUAGUUGGUCUGACUUGUAUUUCACAGGGAGGUAUGUACGUUUUUCAAAUACUGGACUCAUACGCUGUAAGCGGUUUUUGUUUGCUUUGGCUCAUAUUUUUUGAAUGCAUUUCAAUUUCUUGGUGCUAUGGUGUUGAGCGCUUUUAUGACGGAAUUAAAGACAUGAUUGGAUAUUAUCCGAUGGCAUGGUGGAAAUUUUGUUGGUGUGUCACAACACCAUUAAUUUGCUUGGGUGUGUUCUUUUUCAAUAUCAUACAAUGGACUCCGAUCAAAUAUUUAGAUUAUAGUUAUCCUUGGUGGGCCCAUGCAUUUGGUUGGUUUACGGCUCUUUCAUCAAUGUUAUAUAUUCCAGCAUAUAUGUAUUGGCUGUGGAAAAGAACACCCGGAGAUACUGUUCUGAAAAUGCGGCUACUUGUUCGAAUAGAUGAGGAUAUAACACGUCUUAGGGAAAAAAUGCAACAGGAUGCUGCUGAAUUUCAAUCAAAAUAAAGUUCUUACGUUGUUCGAAAAGCGCAAUUAAAAAUAAAAAUGGAGUUUACAUACAAUUCUUCAUAUUCAUAAUUUGAACCAUAUUUAAAAUUUAGA